CGUCUCCCUUUCUGCAGGGGAUCCGGAAGACUGUCUUGUGAAUGAUUGACAGGUAAACGUCAACAGACGUGAUUGAGAGACAUGUCAGUGCCAUUCCGGAAAGAGUUGGAGAAAUACAGAAACAUCAACGAAGAUGAAAUUCUGAACAAACUCUCUGAGGAUGAACUAAAACAGCUAGAGAAUGUCCUUGAUGACCUAGAUCCAGAGAAUGCCCUUCUACCAGCUGGCUUUCGACAGAAAGAUCAGACCAGUAAACCUGCUACGGGACCUUUCGAUAGAGAACGACUAUUGUCCUACUUGGAGAAAGAAGCAUUGGAGCACCAAGACAGACCAGAUAUUGUACCCUUUACUGGAGAAAAGAAAGGAAAAGCGUUUGUGCCUAAGGAGAGACCAAUAGAGACCCACACAGAAAAGAAGGUGACUCUGGAUCCAGAAUUAGAAGAAGCCCUGGCCAGCGCCUCUGAUACUGAGCUGUAUGAUCUAGCAGCUGUCCUCGGAGUUCAUAACUUGGUCAACAACCCUAAGUUUGAUGAAGGAACCACCGGUCAAGAUGGCAAAGGAAUUGUGAAAAAUGUUGUUAAAGGUGAAAAGGUCAAGCCUGUUUUUGAAGAACCGCCUAACCCAACAAAUGUUGAAGCCUGUUUGCAAAGAAUUAAGGCAAAUGAUCCCACUCUCCAAGAAGUCAAUCUCAACAACAUAAAGAACAUCCCAAUUCCAACUCUUAAAGAGUUUGCAAAGGCUCUGGAAACCAAUAACCACGUGAAAAAAUUCAGCCUGGCAGCUACUCGAAGCAACGACCCUGUUGCAAUGGCUUUUGCAGAUACGCUAAAAGUAAACAAGACACUGAAAAGUCUAAAUAUAGAAUCCAAUUUUAUCACUGGGACAGGCAUCCUUGCUUUGGUUGAUGCUCUGAAAGGAAAUGAAGUACUGACAGAAAUCAAAAUUGACAAUCAGAGACAACAGCUUGGUACAGCAGUGGAGAUGGAGAUUGCUCAGAUGUUGGAGGAGAAUUCGCAGAUUCUCAAAUUUGGGUACCAGUUUACAAAGCAAGGCCCAAGAACCAGGGUAGCAGCUGCCAUCACUAAAAAUAAUGAUCUAGUUCGCAAGAAACGAGUGGAAGAACGCCAUUAGCCUUGUCUCUGAGGAUGUGAAGGAAGAGAAGGAUUUCAUCAAAAUCUCAUAAAAUUUACUGAUUUAAAGGGAAGAUACUGGAAAGGCUUUAGAACGAGACUGCUCAUGUUCCAUUACCUCAAUUCAUCCUUUCUUGUUAUUUCAACACCAUAAUCCAGCCUAAUUUUCUUUUUCCCAGCAAUCAACAAUCAUGCUCUGAAUUCAAGAUGUUCUGAAUGGAAGACCAGCCGAAACUUGGUGUCAAAACGGGGAGAGCUGCAAGUUAGUCUUUUCUCUCCCUUCCAUGAGUGAUUAGGAAAUAUUCCUGCAGGUCCACUGAAACAAGUGGGAAUUGUUUAGUGGAUUGUCCUUUCUAUUUUGUACAAAUCACCACCUUGUCUUGACUCAUAGUAAGCCUAGGUUUGCUCUCUGUUUCCUGUUAUCUUUGUACGGCUAUGUGCAAAUUGUAAAGAAAGGGACCAAGGUCAUUUUAAAACAACUUGUCAUGCCAAGGUGGAACUGUUCUCAUACCAGCACACUCUGCCAAACAAAUCAAUCUUCAAAUUCCACAAGACUACAAUGUGCCAUAAGCUAGACAGUAGAUAUAUUGCAAAAUAUUGCUUCUGGAGCAGAUAACUCGAGACAAAUCUCACAAUAGGCUUUGUUAAUACCAAAUUAUAAUUUUCAAUAACCUUAUCUUAGAGCACACUGUAGGAUCUAACGGUCAGGACGGAUUCACAUAAAAUGAACACCAUAAUGUAAUUUUCUUAGUACUCAUUUCGUACAUGUGUAAACAUGCCCAGUAUAACAUAGUGUUAUGUGUGAACGAAGCCAGUAAGGACUCAUUUGACAAACCACGGAUUAAAAAUUCUGAAUUAACACUAUGCCUAAAUGCAAUGCCAGACAAAAUUGGAACUGCAAUACGUUAGCAUUCUUUUUUCUUUAUAUUUAGCAACUCAUGCUUUAGCUGUACUUAACUUUCAACAUUGACUGGAUCCUUCUAAACGUAGAACAAAUCCUCUAAGGAAAAUAUGCUAAUUUAUCCAUGGCACAGAAUAAUAAUUAGCACAACCCACAGCUUGAAAAUCUUUCUCAGUCAUGGCUUCUGAUUUUAGCUUUCUGGCUGAGUGUAAAUCAUUACUUAGUUAAAUUAGUCCUAGCCAUGCUUUGCCUUGAUAUGAACUGAGAUAUUAAACUACAUACUGUAUAGGGUGAACAAACUCAUUCUCCAAAAUAAGGAGUCAUCAAGGGAAUCAUUAUGUUUCCUGUACAUAAAUAUGAAGACACUGGCUAUAAGUUAAAUCACUUCUCAGUGGAGGGAUAUUAAACUGAAAGCAAUUCCAUGUCACCAUUCCAGGCAUGAGAAAGCCUCAUGAAUCCAUCUUGCAUGAUUGCAAGGACUGUUGACUAUGUGCUCACAUAUGUUACUAUUAGGUGAGCCAGUUUCCUAAUAUAAUUUGCCAACUUAAAAUAGCUUCAGAUGACCUUUUAAGUUAUUUGUUGAUGUGUGUAUAUGUAUUAAUAGGAGGCCAAAAUAAUUACCGACAACCCAUUUGAUGUAUAUAAAUGUUCUAAUAAUAAUGUUGUGUUUGUCAAAUUGCUUUUAAGGUGGUUUUAAUUUCUGAAACUAGACAUUUGUUAUUACUAUUGGCCACUGGAUUCAGUGAUUCUUAGAUAGUGAAGAUUAAACUCAUCAGUCACUACGGGAGAUUGGUGAGAGAGACAUUUCAUAUCCAUGUCACCUAGGAAACAAAGUCUUUGAAAUGGAUUUAUUCUCAGGUCAGAAAACCCCACAUUCCAACUUUAGUUAUCAGGUUACAAAAGAAAACCAUUAGUGAACAAUGGAUAGCACAAAAGGAAAAGGGAAUUCCUCACUACAGUUUCCUGAAUAAGACAACAGAAUGCCAUUAAUGGGACUCCCUUCUAUAGAUUUUGAGAUCUGCUCUUUUGGUUAAAAAUGGUUAAAAAUAUUUAAUGCCAUACAUGUAUUAGACUGGGGAAAAAUAGAUGGGAAAAAAGUGACUCUCACUGUGCAGAAAUUUAACAAUAGUUAUUAUUAAAUAAUAAUAGUAAUGAUUGAUGUGAAAAUCCCACAGAACGUGAAAAAAGCCUUGAGAACCUCUGCAUAAAUGCAGUGUUAGCAUUUAGUUCCACAAGAUCUUCCUUGUGCUUUUAAAAUUCACUGCAACUGAAAUGCAUCACAGUAUUAAAGAGCAACUGGGAGAAUAACCAGUAAGUGACUCACUAUUGUGUCUGUAAUAGUUGGAAAGAAGUACUUAACUAAGAUUACCACUAAUUUAAAUAAUUUUUUGUUUUUAUUUUCCUCAGUAUAAUGCCAUUUGGAUGUCUUUUCCAAACCCCAGUAAACGCUUGACUAUCUCUAUAGCCGGGCAUAAAAAUACAUUUUAAAAUAAAAUGCAUUGUUAUUUAUAGCUAUGUAAAUUAGCUUUAAAAAAAGAAACUACAGAUUUUCUGCCUGCAAAUUUCCACCCAAUGUAUGGCAAAAAUAAUUGGAAAAUAGCUGUUUGCACAAGUUGAAUCAUUAGUAAAAGGGUAUGUGUAUACUACUACAUUAAAAACAUACCUAUUCAGAAAGCACAACUUCUAAAAAAUGUUCCCAAAUCCCAUUUUCAUAUAGUCCAACCCAAAGAUUUCCAAGAAUGUCAUCUGAAAUCAUUUUUAGAAUCAUUUUAAAAAUACCGCAUGGAAAAUUAGGUCUCAAAUCAUUUGAUAAUGACAUACUUAAAGAUGGAUGUUCCCAAGACCAUAACACAUUCUUUUCUUUCUUUCCCAGCUUUGACAGAUUUUUCCACAUCAUAAUUUAAAUGUCUGUUCAUUGAUGUUUCUUCAUUUCAGAAAAAAAACCAACAUCAAAAUCAUUUUAUUAAUUCAACUUGCAGCCUUAUUAAUCCUUCUACCCUAGAGUUGUCUGUCUUUAAAUGUCUAAAUAAUAUAGAUAUGACUGCCAUAAAAAAGAGGCAUUCACUGGGUUGCAUGAGAAGAUAAGAAUGUCCUUGUCUUGAAUAAUAUCUGCUUCAACAUACAUGUGCAUCCUUUGAAAACAAAGUUGGGUUUUUUUUCUUGGGAAGUAUUUAUCAUAUGUAACUUCCAUCAUACCAUCAUCACUCAUGCAAAUAUUACUGAUCAGUCACAGCUUUAGAACAGAGUACUGUAACUACUAAUAAAUUAGAAAGUUAUUUUAA